AGCACGGCAGCAAAAGAAUCCAAAAGUUUUUAAGCGGGUGGCAACAAAUACAAAGAAAACCUUCAAAUAUAACUCCAUUAUUCCAUUAUAAAUCUCCACUUGUUUGCACAGCACAGCACACUUCUUUUUAUAGUCUCUUAAUGAUGAAGAUGCCAUCAAGCUUUGGGAAUCAAUUCCUGGAAGCUUCAGUGAGCUACUUGAAGAUUGUGUUUAGCAUAGUCCUCACUGGUGUCCGCCUGCUAAAGCCUCCGCGUCAAACUUAUGCUGCGGAGGAGGAGACAGCCAGUUAUAUUCUGGUGAUGAAUAGACUCUGCCCAACCCCAGUUCCGGUCCCUAUAGAGACUAUAACAGCCCUCAUCAAGAAGAGACUUAAGGUGACAAAGCGGAGCAGUGAAGAUGAAGAAUGCGUGUGCCUUGUCUGCUUAGAUUGUAUUAACACAGCACAUGAAAUCAGAGAGCUUUGCAACUGUAGGCAUAUGUUUCACAGAGAGUGUCUUGAAAAAUGGAUAGAUGAAGGAAGGGUUACCUGCCCAUUAUGCAGAUCCAUGCUCUUUCCUGACAACAUAUUGUCUGCUGCUGCUGCUGCUGCCAAUUGACUUCAAUCCCUCCUCCUGUUUAUUAGAUGAACUAGGUAUUGUCGGUUUGCUUCUCUACAUAUAUAAGCAUAGUGGUUCCUCAAUAUUUAGCAAUCAUUGUACCUUUCACUUGUGUCUGUAUAGUGUAUUCUCUCAGCUCAGCAUAAGAAAACACAUAGUCCUCUCCAGAUCACUAAACAAGUCUACCAUACCAAUGUUGCUUAUGUUAUAGUCCCCAUUUCCUAAUUAUGCCAGGGCAAAUCCAGGUGCCAGUUCAACUUAA